CUAACGGCCCGUGCCGGGUGCCGGCCCCGGGAUCACACCGGGUUUAAAACAGCCCCCACCCCCGUUAUCCCGACAUCCUGGGGGCAGCACGGCAAGGGGGGGGAGACACUUAACCCUUUCUCCCCCGGCGUUGUGGUCGGUGCGUGUUGCAGCUUGUGUCUCUUGUGUGCUGGGCAGAAGGAACAGCUGACAGCCGAGUCCCGUGUGCUCUCCCCACUGCUCACCCAGAGGCUGGCUCUCGUGCUGGCUGUGGCCUUUUUAGCAGGUAGGAUGGGGUGUCAAUCGGAGAAAAGGCAAAGGAGGCCCCCAGAGAAACAGCAGCAGCAGGGGGUGACUGGGUCAUCCAAGAACCUGCCCUUCUUGGGAAAAUCCUUCUACCUGGACCUGCCGAACAACAGGAACGUGGAGUUUCUGGUGGCGACAAUAAAGCAGCUGGGUGGGGUGAUUGAAAGCUUUUUGAGUAAAGAAAUCAGCUAUGUGGUUUCCAGCAGCAAAGAGGCCAAACUGGACGGUGGGCCUCGGAGACCGACUGAGAAACGGAACAGUGCAGCUUCAGGGGAUGCCAAGGCAAAGACUCUGCCCUCUGCUGUGCCCAAAGGGAGCCAUGCAGGGCCUCACUACAAGCCAGCGGACAGUGCUCUGAUGAGCAGGGGGAAGGAGCUGCUGCAGAAGGCCAUGAGGAACCAGGUGAGCAGCACAGUGAUGGGCUUUCCCUCUAGACAGGACUCCAGCAGUGGCAGUAGUAUCCUUGCCAAUGCUCGCUCCUGGGGGGUUCGGAUCUUGCAUGUGGAUGAAAUGAUGGCCUAUGUGCAGCAGCUGCUGUUCCGCAUGUCGGGAGCAAGGAAGCAGAGUGAGAAGAUGAUGGUGAAGUUUCUCUCAGUGGGGCCAGGAGUCCUUAAAGUGGGAAGACUGAAGCCCCCGUUUCUGAAGAUUGAGGACCAGAGCAGGAAAUUCCGGCCCUUCCAUCGCCAAUUCAAGAGCUUUCCUGACCUGAACUUCCUGGCACCAAACAGAUCCAGCCCAUUUGAGCCUCUGAAAACCCCAUCAAGCUCCUGCAGAGUCAGACAUAACACAAGAACAGGGGCUGCUAACAGAGUUUUGCAAGGGAGUUCUCCAGGUGAAGGAGGAGCACAUACACCAUCUGUGGGAGCCCCCGAGGGCUGUCUGACGCACAGCGAGAGAGAGGGGAGCCCCCAGUCCGGCCCAGCCACCGUGCCCAAGAGGAGGAAGGGGUUUUGUGAAUGCUGCCAGGAGACCUUCGGGGAGCUGCAGAUGCACCUCCAGAGCCCCCGGCACAGGCGGUUUGCGCUGGACGCCUCUCAGUAUGCAGCUGUGGAUCACGUCAUCGCCCAGCUCACCAACGACUUUGCUGAGAUCCCAGCCUGGUCCUCGCCCCCCAGGGUGCCCUGCUCUCCUGUGGCCGAUGACCAAUUUUGUGGCUCUCAAGCAAAGGCUGUGGAAGGCCUGGGCGCACCAGCUGCAGAGCUGGGACGGAAGCACCAGCUGGCCAGGAAAGACAAAGCAGAGCUGCGUCUCAGUGCAGUGGCUGUGCUGGGUGGGGAAUGCUCUAUGGGUCCAGAGGAGAUGCCAAACGAGAAGCUCAGCAAACUCCCUCCUGCUCCAGAAUUGCCAGCUGGGCACCCCCUGCUGGGGCUAUGGGCUGAGAUGCUGCGAACCAGGCCAUCUGCUAGCACAGGGCCAGCUGGGGGGGCCCAUGCUUGGUGUCGGAACACAGACCAGUCUGCCAUUGGCAGCAGCCCCCACUGCACUGUUGUCUUGGCUACUGCUCCUGAUCUCAGCCCGUGGACCCAAGCCAGCGGUGGAUUGACUGGAGAGGCAACUGCUUGCUCCCUUGAACUUGUUCCCCAGGAUACGCUCGAGCCCUCGAGUCACCCCCUGGGAACAUCUCCCUGCUCCAGGAAACGCAAACUCUCUGACAGCCCUCACCUGCGGCUGGAAAAGAAGCCGAGGAUACGGCUGAGCAGCGACCCUCUGCCUCUGGAGAAGCAGACAGGCUCGGAGAGCUGCAGCUCAGUUCAUCAGGGUGUGGGGCUGGCUGUGGAGGGGACUGCUGGCACUACUCCAUCUGGUGCUCCAGGAGCAGAGCUCUUGCUGCCUUCCAGCAGGCUCUGCACCUUCCCUGCCUCAGUGACGCUUCAGGACAGUGCCCGUGUGCUGCCAGAGCCUCCCAAACCUGUUCCCAUGGCUAUAGACAACACCGAGGCUACCCUGGCAAGCACAGCCACUCAGCAGGACUGGGGGAGAGGGACUCCAGGCCUGCAAGAGGGGCAGCCUACAGAGAAGGCCCCGGAGCGUCCCUGCUGUGGGGCUGGCUCUGGCCUUGAGUUGCAAUCACCUGCCUGGGACAAGGCCAGCUGUUCUGCAGCCCAGCCGGCCCUCCCACAGCUGCCAGUCCCCCAGGCCAGGCGCUUGAGCUGUACUGAGGUAGCUGACCGUGCACUGCCCAAGCCACCUAACAGCACAGAGCUGGGCGAAAGCAUCCUCCAACCUGCCCCUUGCAGCACGCACACUGGCCCAGAUCUGGGGCCAUCACCCUCUUCUUCCGAGUCCGACUGGGACAUCCAGCUGCUCUGCUCACUGGACACAGUGCAGGGCACCAGGAACCGGCCGGUAGACCUGGAGCUGCUCCAGAGGACCUGUGUCAACGUCCGAGACAGCGGCUACGAGUCCCAUCUCUACUCGGUCCUGAAGCAGAAGUCUGAGCUGGACUGGGCAGGCAGAGAUGACCAGAGCUGUCGGAACUGUCGCGCGGAAACGGAAGGAGCCCCUUUCGCUGUGUUUGAGGCCUGCCUGGGCAGCUGGACCAGCUAGCCACUCGCUGCACAGACCCCUUCAAUACUAGGGCUCUUCUCUCCCCCAGUUCGGCUGCAGAGAUGGCUCUGGCAAACCACCUUCCCCGCGGGCAUCAGAAGGCACAAGUCUGGCUGGAGACAGUCUGUGGGCUGGAACAAGUACAGUGAUCGUUACUGGCUGCAAAUGGAGAGUGGGGCUGAGCCUGGAGGCUUCGGGCAAGACUUAUCUUGGUUCACUUGCUCGUGGGGCUCGGCCACAGGAAGGGCUCUCCAGCAGGGCAAUGCUAGCCCUGGUUUCCUGUGGGGACAGACCACUGGGCCUGGCCAGGCCUUGACCAGCAGGGGCCUGGCUUGCCUCUCCCUUCAGUGGG